AUGGCGGCUGCCGAGCAUGCGGUCACGAUUAGAGAUGAGCCAAUGGAGUUGCCAUCUCUCCCACCAAACCAGGGAAUGGAGGCGAUGAAAGACAUUAUAUUUGGAUCCACAGCGGGAAUGGCGGGGAAACUGAUUGAAUACCCCUUCGAUACAGUUAAAGUACGACUACAAUCUCAACCAGAACACCUUCCCCUCAGAUACUCGGGUCCAUUGGACUGCUUCCGCCAGUCCUUCCAGGCAGAUGGAUUUCGGGGGCUGUACCGAGGCAUCAGUGCCCCCAUGACGGGGGCUGCUGUGGAAACCAGUUGCCUGUUCUUUAGUUAUCGCAUCAUUCAAGAUGCGCUGCGAGCCACAGUUUUCCCCGGAGUUGAACAGUUACCCUUUGCUGCUCUUGUAGCUAGUGGUGCUGCAUCGGGCUCCAUUACCUCGUUGGCUCUGACGCCGAUAGAGCUCAUCAAGUGCAAGAUGCAAGUUCCCGCUGAGUCGACAUUGGUCGGGCACAAGGCCCCCGGUCCUCUUAUCCUCAUUACGUCCGUAUUCCGCCAAGAGGGGAUACUGGGAUUCUGGCGGGGCCAAAUGGGAACACUGAUUCGAGAAACUGGCGGAAGCGCGGCCUGGUUUGGUGGUUACGAAGGAGUCUCAUCGCUCUUCCGCAAUUACUUCCACUCCCACUCUCAAAAUCCCGCGGAGAGUCUCCCUGUCUACCAACAGAUGAUUGCCGGUGCUACUGCCGGUAUCAGCUAUAACUUCCUGUUCUAUCCGGCCGAUACUAUCAAGUCUCGUAUGCAGACCGAAGAUAUCUCCCGUAUGCCUGCCAAUGGACAACGUCAGACUUUCUUCGGCGUCGCUCGCGCAUUAUGGAAGCAACAAGGCUUGAAGGGCAUGUACCGUGGAUGCGGCAUUACCUGUGCUCGUUCUGCACCCAGCUCCGCCUUCAUUUUUUCCGUCUACGAAGGAUUACGACACUACUUUGGAUGA